AUGUCUUCACCUAGAGUUUGGCAUAUCAGUGGCGCUAACACAGGCCUGGGCCUGGAACUCGCCCUGAAAGCCGUUGCUGAGGGCGACCGCGUCAUUGCCGCCGUGAGAUCACCCCAUAAAGUACCCGAUACACUGAAGCGGGAAGAGGUCAAGGUGCUCCAAUUUGACCUCGGCUGGUCGCAGGAUCAGAUGGACGCCUAUGCCAAGGAGGCAUUUGAAGCAUUUGGCAAGAUCGAUGUGCUCGUCAACAACGCGGGAUAUGCCUACAUGGGUGCCAUUGAAGAGUCAGAGGACUCGGCCGUCAAGGCACAGUUUGACACCAACGUAUUUGCCAUGCUGAGAAUCAUCCGUGGCUCACUUCCCCACUUCAGAAAGCAGAGGAGCGGCCUGAUCAUGAAUCUCUCCUCUGUCGGCGGUAUGCGCGGCUAUCCUUCUAACGGCAUAUACUGUGCCACCAAGUUCGCUGUUGAGGGACUCACCGAGGCUCUGGCCGCCGAGGUAGCUCCAUUUGGCAUCGACUGUGUCAUUGUUCAACCUGGCUACUUCCGCACAGCCUUUCUUUCCAAUCCCUCAUCAGGGGCCAACCUUGCACCAGCUCUCGAGGCCUACAAAGGCACUCCAGCUGAUGAGGCUCGUCAAGCGUUUGAAAAGUACAAUGGAAGGCAACCUGGGGACCCAAAGAAGGGAGCAGCGCGUAUGUGGGAGUAUGGUGCUGGGGCCGGAAUGUUUGCAAACCAGAAGAAGCUAUUGCGGUUGCCGCUUGGGAGUGACUCAGGUGCUAUCAUGAAGGAGUUGAGUGGGGUACUUGCCGAAACAGCUUCUACCUAUGAAGAUGUAUGGAAGAGUACCGACUUUCCAGUUUAA